UAAGAAAAAUUAUCUACUCUUAAACAAUCACUCGAUUCUUAAUUACGAAGACAAUUAACUCUCUCAGUCUCUUUUCUCUUUCUUUUCUCUUAAACAUAUGAUUGACUUUUUUUUCAUCUAAAAGAAUUUAUGUUUUUUGUUUAUCUAUUGUUUUAAUUUCUAUUUGUCAUUCUAAUUUAAAUUAAUCGUUUUCGCAGUUAACUAACAUGAGCCCUAAAUCACCUCCAUUGGUUAGAUUGUCGACAAUCUAUUUAUUUGGUUACAAUUUGAUUCAAUUGAUUGGAUUUUCCAAUGUUGUUUAUUACCUUUGUCAUUCACUUUUUUCCGAUCAACCGAAAGGUUUAAUCACUGGGAAGCAAAUUUAUUCAACAAUUUCAACGAGAUUUAUUUUCUUCCAAGGAUUACAAUCAAUUGAAAUUGUUCACACCUUGAUUGGUCUAACUCGUGGUUCUCCGUUGAUUCCGUUAGUACAAAUUGGUGGUCGCAAUUUAAUCCUUCAUUUGUGUAUCAAUUGUUUCACCUCUCAACAUGGUCAAUGGUUUGUACUUUGGUUACUUUUGGUCUGGUCAGCAAUUGAAAUCUUUCGCUAUUCAUUUUACUUAACCUCAAUUGUUGGAUUUAAAAUUAAGUUAAUUACUUUCCUUCGAUACACAAUUUGGGUUCCUCUCUUACCUUCUGGAAUCAUCUUGGAAGCAAUUACAAUCUAUUACUCAGUAAAUCUAUUGGAAACUUCAGGAAAAUGGUCAAUCUCUUUACCCAAUCAAGCAAAUUUUUCAUUCCAUUUACCAACUUUAUGUAGAUUAUAUUUAAAUCUGUUAAUUGUUCCAGUAUCAUAUCUUUUAUUGUCUCAUAUGUACAGACAAUCAAGGAAAGCCUUGUCUUCAAUGUGAUCAAUUAACUAUCAAUCAACAAGGCAAAAAAAAAUUGUCAACAACAACAAACCAGUUGAAUGAAUAUUGACUAAUUUCAAUAUCAAAUCCAUUUAUUUUAAACAAUUAAUUUUGUUAUACAUAAUUGAUUUUAUUUGAAAUGAAUAAGAAACAGAAUCAAUUUUUAA